CGUGCCCGGAUAUAGGAAGUGGUGGCCGGACGGCUGCUUCCAGUUCACUGCUUAAUUGGGGGUUCAUCCUAGUAACGGUGGCCGCCCCAGUCCUGUCCGGUCUCCGUCUUGGAGGACCCGCCUCGGCACAGCCGGGCUCGGUCCGGCCUUGCGCUGAAUAAAGAUGACAGCAAUCAAGCAUGCAUUACAAAGAGACAUUUUUACUCCAAAUGACGAACGCCUGCUGAGUAUUGUCAAUGUCUGCAAGGCAGGAAAAAAGAAAAAGAAUUGUUUUUUGUGUGCCACAGUGACAACUGAACGCCCUGUACAGGUGAAGGUGGUCAAAGUCAAGAAAUCUGAUAAAGGAGAUUUCUACAAAAGACAGAUUGCUUGGGCCCUUCGAGACCUGGCUGUGGUAGAUGCCAAGGAUGCUAUUAAAGAAAAUCCUGAAUUUGAUUUACAUUUUGAAAAAAUAUAUAAAUGGGUUGCCAGCAGCACUGCUGAAAAGAAUGCAUUUAUUUCAUGCAUUUGGAAAUUGAAUCAGCGAUAUCUUCGGAAGAAAAUUGAUUUUGUCAAUGUCAGUUCACAGCUUUUGGAAGAACUGCCUAAAGUUACAGAAGAAUCUGUUCCAAGUGGAGAAAAUCAGAGUGUGACAGGAGGUGACGAAGAGGCAGUGGAUGAAUACCAAGAGUUAAAUGCAAGAGAAGAGCAGGAUAUUGAGAUAAUGAUGGAAGGCUGUGAAUAUGCAAUUUCCAAUGCUGAGGCCUUUGCAGAAAGGUUGUCCAGAGAACUGCAGGUGCUAGAUGGGGCCAACAUCCAGUCAAUCAUGGCCUCCGAAAAACAAGUCAACAUCUUAAUGAAGUUACUGGAUGAGGCUCUCAAGGAGGUGGAUCAGAUUGAAUUGAAACUGAGCAGUUACGAGGAAAUGCUCCAAAGUGUAAAAGAACAAAUGGAUCAGAUCUCUGAAAGCAACCACCUAAUUCAUCUUAGUAACACUAACAAUGUAAAACUCCUAUCUGAGAUAGAGUUCCUUGUGAACCACAUGGACCUGGCCAAAGGUCAUAUAAAGGCGCUUCAGGAAGGAGACCUUUCUUCUUCCAGGGGCAUUGAGGCCUGCACCAACGCCGCAGAUGCCCUGCUGCAGUGCAUGAAUGUGGCUCUUCGACCAGGCCAUGACAUGCUUCUGGCAGUUGAACAGCAGCAGCAGCGUUUCAGUGAUUUGCGAGAGAAUUUUGCCCGGAGACUAGCUAGUCACCUCAACAAUGUUUUUGUUCAACAGUUUACUCAGGCCCUCCUUCAACUCUAUAACAGGUCCUACUUUCUUUCGGUGCCUGGUCAUGAUCAGAGUUCAACUCUUGCUCAGCACUCUAUUGAACUGACUUUACCUAAUCAUCAUCCAUUUCAUAGAGACUUACUCCGAUAUGCCAAGCUGAUGGAGUGGCUAAAGAGUACUGAUUAUCGGAAAUAUGAGGGACUAACAAAGAAUUACAUGGAUUAUUUGUCACGACUCUAUGAGAGAGAAAUUAAAGAUUUCUUUGAAGUUGCAAAGAUCAAGAUGACUGGCACAACUAAAGAAAGCAAGAAGUUUGCUACACUGCCUCGAAAAGAAAGUGCUGUCAAACAGGAAACAGAGAGUCUUCAUGGAAGUUCCGGGAAAUUAACUGGAUCUACUUCUAGUCUAAAUAAACUCAGUGUUCAGAGUUCAGGGAAUCGCAGAUCUCAGUCAUCUUCCUUGUUGGAUAUGGGAAACAUGUCGGCCUCUGAUCUCGAUGUCGCAGACAGAACCAAAUUUGAUAAGAUCUUUGAACAGGUACUGAGUGAACUGGAGCCCCUGUGUCUGGCAGAACAAGACUUCAUAAGUAAAUUUUUCAAACUACAGCAACAUCAGAGUAUGCCUGGAACUGUGACGGAAGCAGAGGACACAGAUGGAGGAACUUUGUCACGGCAACAUAAUGCUGGCACACCACUUCCUGUUUCAUCUGAGAAGGAUAUGAUCCGCCAAAUGAUGAUUAAAAUAUUUCGCUGCAUUGAGCCAGAAUUGAACAACUUGAUUGCAUUAGGAGACAAAAUUGAUAGCUUUAACUCCCUUUACAUGCUAGUCAAAAUGAGUCAUCAUGUGUGGACUGCACAAAACGUGGACCCUGCUUCUUUUCUGAGUACUACAUUGGGAAAUGUUUUGGUGACUAUCAAAAGGAACUUUGACAAAUGUAUUAGUAACCAAAUAAGGCAAAUGGAAGAAGUAAAGAUCUCAAAGAAGAGUAAAGUAGGAAUUCUCCCAUUUGUUGCUGAAUUUGAAGAAUUUGCUGGACUCGCAGAAUCAAUCUUUAAAAAUGCCGAGCGUCGUGGAGAUCUAGAUAAAGCAUAUACUAAACUUAUCAGAGGGGUAUUUGUUAAUGUGGAGAAAGUAGCAAACGAAAGCCAGAAGACCCCCAGGGAUGUAGUCAUGAUGGAAAACUUCCACCAUAUUUUUGCAACACUUUCUCGUUUGAAAAUCUCAUGUCUAGAAGCUGAAAAAAAAGAAGCCAAACAAAAAUACACAGAUCACCUUCAGUCUUAUGUCAUAUACUCUUUAGGACAACCUCUUGAAAAACUAAAUCAUUUCUUUGAAGGUGUUGAAGCUCGGGUAGCACAGGGUAUAAGAGAGGAGGAAGUGAGCUACCAACUUGCGUUUAACAAACAAGAACUCCGAAAAGUUAUUAAAGAGUAUCCUGGAAAAGAAGUGAAAAAAGGUCUCGAUAACCUCUACAAGAAGGUUGAUAAACAUUUAUGUGAAGAGGAGAACUUACUUCAGGUGGUGUGGCACUCCAUGCAGGAUGAAUUUAUUCGCCAGUACAAGCAUUUUGAAGGUUUGAUAGCUCGCUGUUAUCCUGGAUCUGGUGUUACAAUGGAAUUCACUAUUCAGGACAUUCUGGACUAUUGCUCCAGCAUUGCACAGUCCCACUAAACCUUAUAAAAGAAGAAAAGAUAAACAAUAAGAAACAUUCUGAGUACACCAGACACUAUUCAGAAAUACCGAGCAACCAUUUAGAGAACUCAGACUUGAAGUUUUAGGUAUCACUUAAUGUCAAAUAAAUGGGUAACGCAUGCAUGCUCAGUUGUGUCUGACUCUUUGCAACCCCAUGGACUGUAGCCCACCAGGUUCCUCUGUUCAUGGAAUUUUCCAGGCAAGAAUACUGGAGUAGGUUGCCAUUUUCUUCUCCAAAAUGGGUAAUACCAUACCAUGUAUAUUCAAGAGCAAAACUACCAACCUAUGUAGCAGUUUUAUUCACCCAGUAGGUUGUAUACUAACUUAAAGCAUUUAUCUCAUCAUAAAUGCCUUUAUCAUUUUUCUACAACUGAACAGAAAAUUUUCCUUUGUUGUCUCACUUCUUGUAUUUGGGAGUGGUCAUCCUAUAUGUAAUUCAUUGAGAGUUUGUCAGCUUUCAGUAAUUCAGUAUUGGUUACAAAUCAUGUAACUACUAAAAUACUGUAUCGAAUUUUUCCUUCUGAAUAACUAAUGUGUAUAUGGAUAAGGCUCUUGUGAAGACCAGUUGUAAACUUGAAUUUUGAGGAUCAUGUGAUUCUGUGUAACAGUCUGAAAUACAUUUUCCAAAAAGUUGAAA